UUAUGCAAGCAUGCAAUAGUAUCGAUACUAUCGAUAAAUUAAUCUAGCUAGCAUUAUUUUGGAAUAUAUUUUUGAAAUAAUUAAUCGUUGAUAAAAUUAGCUUUUUACCUUUUGGAUUCGCUGGAAUUCCAGCGCCUGGUAACACUAAUUCACGAUUAAACUUCCUUGACUUAACAUUUACAUAUAUUUACUAUUAUUCAUUAUUAUCAUUAUUGACUAGUUAGUAGGCGAAAUAAGAAGACGGGACCAUGCAAUUUACGAGCCUUUUACUGGCUGUGAUUUUUCUCAUAAGUCUGGUUUCAAUCGAUGGCCUUCUGCGCCGCUGCUAUCAGUGCCGAUCCCGUGGCGAACUGGGCAGCUGCAAGGACCCCUUCACCUUCAAUGCAACGGACGUGGAGCAGGAACCGGGAGUGGCGGCCAUCCCGUGCGCCAGCGGCUGGUGCGGCAAGGUGAUCGAGGGCGGCGGCACCUAUGCCAUCGACGACUACGACCUGGCCAUCCAGCGGAUGUGCGUGCAGCGCGGUCCGGACGACAACAUGGAUCGCUGUGCGGACACCAUCUACAACUAUAAGAAGGUGUACAUGUGCUUCUGCCAGGGCGACCUGUGCAACGGCGCGAGGAGCUGGUCCAGUGCACCCCAGAUGAUCCUCAUCACCAUGCUGCCGCUGCUCGGCUCCUGGCUGCUCCAGCGGAUGCGAAACUAGACUGUUUGCUUUCUGUGCUCUUAGCCGGCAAUGUGUAUAUACAUCUUCCAAUACUCAGCAACACUCAAUGUAAUAUCAACAGUUCGAUAAAUACAAACAAUUUUUUGUUAUUACUUAAAAUCGAAUGUUCUUGCUCUGCUUAAGAUUUUAUUGCCGUUUACUCGUGCAUUUUUUCGUAUCAUUUUUCCGAUCGCAAAUAAGGUACUUACAUUCAAUAUGUAACCAUUGAUUAUGGCUAUAUAUGGCAUAGAUCCCGACUUCGGGUCAAUCAGCUAUCAGUGGAACAGACUCGAUUGUUUGCGAAAAAGAAACAAUAUGAAUAUUAUUCAUAUACCUAAUUAAAUCACUCCUGCUGCGUAACACCAUUCUCUUUGUUUGCAAAUAGAAUAUCCAUUCGUUUUAAUUAGUAUAUUUAUAAAAUAAGAAUAUAAUAAUCAUUUAUAUAAUCAUAUAAUCAUUUAAGUAAUAAUAAAUUUUAAUAU